AUGAACAUGGGGCAAAAAAUAUCAGGUGGUGUAAAAAAUGUCAAUAGAGAGAGUCCACAGCCGUUUAAACCCGUCAUACCACGCGAGUUAGCACAAGAUUUUGCUCGUCCAGCGCGGUUAGAUAUACUUCUUGACAUGCCGCCAGCGUCGAGAGAUUGCCAAAUAAAACAUGCAUGGAACCCGGAAGAUAGAUCUUUGAAUAUAUUUGUAAAGGAUGACGACAAGCUGACAUUCCACAGGCAUCCAGUGGCGCAAUCAACAGACUGCAUCAGGGGUAAAGUAGGUUUCACAAAAGGUCUCCACGUAUGGGAAGUUCAUUGGUCGACGCGCCAAAGAGGAACUCACGCAGUCGUCGGAGUCGCGACUCAAGACGCGCCUUUACACUCUGUCGGCUAUCAGAGCCUAGUAGGAAGCAAUGAUCUCUCUUGGGGAUGGGAUUUAGGAAGAAAUAAAUUAUACCACGAUUCUAAAAAUAAUGCCGGAGUUACUUAUCCGGCCCUUCUUAAGCCAGACGAAACUUUUAUUGUGCCAGACAAAUUUCUAGUUGUAUUAGACAUGGACGACGGUACGCUGUCAUUUGUAGUCGACGGUCAAUACUUAGGAAUAGCAUUCAGAGGACUGAAAGGAAGGAAAUUGUAUCCGAUCGUAUCCGCCGUUUGGGGUCAUUGUGAAAUCACGAUGAAAUACAUCGGAGGACUCGAUCCGGAACCAUUACCGCUCAUGGAUCUCUGUCGGCGAGUCAUACGACAACGCAUAGGUAAACAACAGUUGGAGGAACACGUGACGGACCUCAACCUUCCACGUGCAAUGAAGGUUUAUCUAUUGUACAGAGACAUUAGAUAG